ACACUGGGGUGGACCUUUUCUCUGAAAUAAUUUAUGCAAGUGUCUGUCGGUGUUAGUGGAGUGUGUUAGUAGGAGUGGCUGGGAAGCUGACAGCCUGCCUUGCAUGAGUCGCGGACUUCAAGUUAGUUGCUGCAGCUUAGAUAUUUCCUGUCAGCCGCACAGACAGAGCUGAGGCUAGGGCGGAGGUGAGGGAUGGCAGAGAAUAUCUCCGACACGAGCGGCUCCGUUCACCGGAGAUGUUUGGCUCAUUCUCCGGCGGACCGAUAUACUUCAGCUGGUGUCGGGGCAUCGAAAUGGAUUCGAUUGAACGUCGGGGGCACAUAUUUUUUAACAACGAGACAGACGCUGUGCCGAGAUCCAAAAUCAUUUCUGUACAGACUGAGCCAAGCUGACCCCGAGCUCGACUCCGACAAGGAUGAAACAGGUGCCUAUCUCAUAGACAGAGACCCCACAUACUUUGGGCCAGUGCUGAACUACUUGAGGCAUGGCAAACUGGUGCUUAACAGGGACUUGGCAGAGGAAGGUGUGUUAGAAGAAGCCGAAUUCUACAACAUCAUAUCAUUAAUAAAGCUCAUCAAGGACAAGAUCAGGGAACGUGACUGCAAAACAUCACAGGUCCCGGUGAAGCAUGUGUACCGGGUGCUGCAGUGUCAGGAGGAGGAGCUGACACAGAUGGUGUCCACCAUGUCUGACGGCUGGAAGUUUGAGCAGCUUGUCAGUAUAGGUUACGGGCGGGCCCACCAGUCAGAGUUUCUGCUGAUUGUGUCAAGGGAGGUGAAGGGAGAGGAGUCUGCUUUGCCAAACAACAGCGGAGAGCUGGUCGGCAUAGGCUCCUCUUACAAUUAUGGAAACGAAGACCAAGCCGAGUUCCUGUGUGUAGUCUCCAAGGAGCUGCACAAUCAAUCAUACGGGACGAACAGUGAGCCUAGUGAGAAGGCUAAGAUUCUUCAGGAACGGGGUUCUCGGAUGUGAAGAGGACUCAGUAUUAUGAGCUCCAGGUGUUAGGAUGCAAACAUAUCAUCUUUGUGGAAGAAUGUUGGGUGCAGUGGAUAUUUAAAACAGGGGAGGGGGGGCAUUUAUUUUGUUUUCCCUCCAUUUAUGCUUUUAUUUUUUGAUGUAAAGAAGUCUGUUUACUGACAGUUUGUGCCUGUACAUUUAAACUGGACCUUUUUUCAAUCAGUGGUGUUUUUUUCUUCUGAAGGUAAGAAAAUAGUAAUCUACAAAUGUUUUAUGCUAUAAAAUGAGGCCGUCAUCAGAUCCGGCUCAAUCACUCAGGGUCAUCUGUUGAGUUCAUUCUUACAUCCUCCGAUUCAAGGGUCUGCUGAGGGACUGGUAUGGUCUUUAUCACGACAAAGUAUCGAUCUCAAGGUGUUUAAAAAGGGAACUGUGCGUUUAUUUGGCGCACGUUAUAGAGAUAGACUAAAUGUAAAAUUCAUCCCCAAAAACAAAUUGAUAAAAACGUUUUUUCCAAAGAUUUUGAGCAGUUGCACUAAGAUUUGUGAUCAUGAGGAGUUCAGCUAGCCUUUUACAAAUUACCCACGCAUGAGUGGUUGUGUGCUGUGGAACUAAUACGUUUUCAAUAAGUCCAUAAGUUGUACUGUAAGGACAAAGCUUUAAUAUUGGACACACCUUUCACACACAAAUGGGCCUUCAAAAUGGUUCAAAGUAAGAUUUCAGCAAAUGUGUAUUUUUAGUAUAAGGGACUAAAGCUUUGCUCUCUAAAUGUUUUAAAUGUGCAAAUUUAUACCAAGUUUAAUUUUGUCCAUUUUUUCUGAAACUACUUUGGUAUGAAACCUCCUCAUGUUCAUAAAUCUAAAGUUAACUGCCAAAAAAAAAAUAAAUCAAGUGUGAAUUCUGUUUUACAAUGAAACUUUAACUGUUACUGUUAACUGCCAGGAAAAACACCGAGACAGUGGCACUUUUUUUAAGAUGUUUUAUUUUUUAUUUUUCCCCCACUGCCUUCUGAGUUUUCCUUAACUGGUUUGCUUUGUAUGUCUGAGGGAACAUCUUGUUUUAAGAUCUUGUUUUGAGGAGAUGUAUUUGUGCUGUUUGAGGUUUGUAGGCUGGAACUGUUUUGAAAGCACUGGUGAAGGACUUUGAUGUAAAUAAUCCAAAUUCAAUAUUAAUAUUUAAAUCUUAAAACUGCACGUUUUGUACACUGUAUAGAAAACGACUUCAAAUGAAAGUUGUUUAUACUGCAUCUUUAAAAAUGAGAAUCUUGACAAUGUUCACUUCUCUUUUUCAUUGUUUGUACAGGAUUCUAGAGAUCUCCCAAGUUAGGGUUCUGAUAGCUGAUGCUGAAUAUGGUGUCUUUCACUGAGAAUAUGCCUGGAACAUGUUUGAACCAAUAACAAAACCAUUCUUGGCUGGCUACGAAGUUGACUGUUACGUUCAAAAACAAAAUGUAUUUUUUUUUCCUGCAGUGUGAUAGUCUUCUAAGCAUUUUGAAGUGUGUUAAUUUCAUACACGGCAUUACAAGCACUACAGUGGAAAACACUGUGCGCAUUGCUUACAGCCUGUAAUGUAAAUAUAUGCAUUUUAUGACACUUUUUUAAAUAGAAAGUUGUUUUCA